AUGGCUAUCGAUACGGUAAGAGAAGCACAGGUGCCUUUGGGUGGAAAGCUUGGGUGCAUGUUCGUGUCUCUGGUAGGCCUGGCAUUGAUCUCGAUAUGCACCCUGAGGCGAGUACAGGGCAUCAAGAUAACCAAAGACCUGCCUCCAUCCUUCUACUUGGUCAUUGCCUUCUACGGCAGCUCUUUCCUCUUCGUAUUCGUAGGCGCUGUAUACCGAGAUGCUGGCAUAAACGCCUCAGACUAUCGCUGUGAGGGGGCCAUAUUGAUAUGCCUCAUUUUAUACAUGGUUUCCAAGCUCUGCAUCUACCUCUUCCUCGUAGAACGGGCACACAUCGUUCGGGCUUCAAGAAUACCUCGGAUGAAGGACCGCCUGUACUUAGUCAACACAUUCGGCAUGCUUUUCCCAUUCACUGCCAUCUUUAUUAUCAAUGUCUACUACAGAUCCUCGUACAUCAACAACGAUGGCGUCUGCAUGCUCGGCAUCGACAGGCGCGCUCUCAUCCCUCUGAUAUCAUUCGACGUUGCUGUGAACGCCUAUCUGACCGUGCUGUUCCUCGUCCCACUUCACCGCCGCUAUUACUCCAGCGAAGACAAACCCAUCACGCUUCGAAACCUCGGCCUCCGCGCCUUUAUCGGCUCCCUUUUGACAUUGAUAGCAACGGCCGGGAACUUGCUAGCUCGUGUCUUGUUGGAUGACGAGCCGGGCUGGGUCUGUUUCAUGUCUUGCAAUUUGGAUGUCCUCUUCGCCGUCUGCGUCAUCCACUGGGUCACCAAGACAGACGACAACACGGUCCGGCUGAGCCCGUACCAAAGACGCCUGAGCCAGGUCGGCCCGGCAUGGAAGCAGCCGCAACUCCAACCACAACGGCCAUGGUUCAAGCCGCAAUACGCCAGUCAAACCCGCCAGUCGUGGCCCGGCAGAAAGGAUGACAACGACAACGGCAGCAACGACAGAUACAACGCCAAGGGUAGCAGUGCGCACACAUCGGUCCGGCUGAAGGAGCAGCCAUCGUUUGACUCCACACUCUGCAGCCCGGUGGCACAAGGGACGUUGGCGAUCGAGAUGGACACGAUAACGGUGGUGCCGACGACGCGGCGGGAGGCGGAGCUGGAUGUGGAGUUGCAGAGGUGCUGCCGGGGGGAUACGUGGGAUACGGUGAGCUCGAGGGGUAUCUUGGAGGACUGCCCGAAGGACUUUGCUUGA